UUUGCUACGUGUUUCAAUGCAAGAAAUCCUGUUAUUUACGAGUCCCGUGAAGAGUCACGUUUCGGAGAAAUACCGAUUAAUUGGCGGUGGCCGCAGAAGGAGGCUUGAGGCAUCCAUGGCUUCGCACGGUGGUUUCUGAUGUCGAAGGCUUUGGAUGAAACGAUAUCGGCUUACUUUGCGUGAACGAAUCAUGAUAGAUACAGUGUGCCUUGGGCAAGAAUUGGAACCUGCAGUUGUAUUUGAGGUGAUUGGGGAGCCGGCUAUUGCAAUUGAUGGUGUGCCACCUAUGCUUCCUGUUUCUUCUGUACCUGUUCAUAAGGACAUAACUGGUGUUGGAUCAAUAAAUGACCCAUGCUUUGGUGAGUGGUUAGAGGGAAGGAAAGUUCGGAAGUUGUUUGGAGACCAGUAUUACUCUGGAACAGUGGUCAAGUUUGACACUGAAGUAAAUUGGUAUAAAGUGAUUUAUGAAGAUGGUGAUUCUGAAGAUCUUGAGUGGCAUGAACUAGAGGAAGUGUUAUUACCACUUGAUAUCUCUAUUCCAUUAACAACCUUGGCUUUGCAAAUGUGCAAGUUAAAGCAAUCUGCUUCUACAUCAGGAAUAACUUUACCCAGAACAAGGAAAGGAUACACAAAGAAGGGCAGGAAGAAGGAAGACUAGAGCUGCUUCAAAUAUCCGAAACAAGUGACAUGGAUAGAAAAAUAGUUUUAAGCAGCACAAGGAAAUGUGAACGCAGUUUGAAGGCAAAAAGUACUUAAAAGAUUAAAAAAAUAGGAAGUGGAUAUUCAAAUAUGUUACUCUGAGAACUGUUUGUCUGAGACAGGAAAGGUUGCAGCUUGGUCAAAUUUAUCAGAAUAUGAAACCUUGGUUUAAUUUGAUAGAGCUGCUUCUGGCCCAUUGAAUUUAGAUAGAAAGGUGAAAGACUACUCACUGAUAUCACUGCUGAAGAAUUUUGCUAAGAGGCAAAAGAUUUGGAAUUAGAACAUUAGAAACUGUAUUGAAGAAGGAGAAUUAUUUUUACUUAAAACUACCAUAUGGAGUUUAAGCAAUUGUUCCAAAUAAAUUUUGAUUAUUGUUAGAAAGCAACGGAGAGCAGGAAAUCAUGUUUGAUUCUCAAUAUUUAUUUGAUUCUACUUCAUGUAUAAAUACUUAGUGCAGCUUCAACAACGGAAAUUCAGUUUAUGGAUUCUUCUUUCAAAGUAUCAGAUGACCUCUUGCUGUUUUUUCUUUUUGUUUUAAUUUUACACAAGUCUAUAUUUCCAAUGACCCUGCUAGAAGUUCUCUUUGUGGAAAUCAAAGCGAGUAGUGGUAUCAUUGCUGAAUUCCUGGGAAAGGUUCCAUAGUUGUUGUGUGAGCUUCGCAGAUCCACAGUAGAAAACACCUGCAGUUCCACAUAUUUAGAAGUUAAGAGUAAUACAAAUUGCACAGUUCAAUUGAAUAUAGCUAACCUAUUUGAGAGGCCUUGUGUGCGCUUGCCAAGUCAGAAAAAACUUUCCUCCAGUUUGGCCUUGCAAAGUGUCCUUAUCUGUCAUGUAUUAGCCAGAAAGGAGCAAACAUUUUUCUUUUCUUUGAGAUUACGAAAAGUUUAUGAUAAAGGGUAAUUACCCGACUUCCAGAGACAAUAUCAAGACCACUUUUGGCAUGUUGAAGUGACUGAACCAUCGGCAUAAGAGUGGACUGAACAUCACCUUCUUCAUACACACUUGUCAAGUAGUCGUGCAUUUCUAUGACAUUCUGAAAAGUAGAAUAAUGUAUUUGUCAGUUUUUUCUUUUUCGGAAUAUUCAAUGAGUAUGAAGGAAGCAACGGUUUUUUAGGAGAUACAUUGUGGUCACUUUCUGCAACUUCAUCCAUGACACUUUUGAACCAUUCAAAGGAGCCUUGUUCCCUGGUCACCCAAUAGAAAUUUUUCAAUAUGAAGUUACUAUGUUGGGACUGUGUAUUAUUCAAAAGAUCCCUCAAUAUGCUGAUAAAUGGAGUUGCACCAAUUCCCAGUCCAAUAAGCAAAAGAAUAUCGUAUUUCUUGUAAUCUUGAGCAGGUGCACCAUAUGGCCCAUCAAUGAAAAGCUUUGGAAAUAAGCAAAAAGGGAAUUAUUUUUCUCUGAAGCUUGACACAUUUGAGACAUCAGAUAGAGAUAAUUGAGGUGUGCCACUUGGACAUAUAAGAUUCUUUAUUACCUAGUAUCUUGAUGCUCAACAUCUGCAAUUACUGUGGUCUCAAGUCUAACUAGAUUAGCCUUCUUGGAUUUAACUUGAGCCUCGCAGGCCUGUUUUGAAGAAUGCUCAUAUAUCAUUUUGAAAUGUGAUUAUAGUUUCUUGCAAAGAAAGUGAAAGUUUAUCAGAACCCUAAAAGAACCUUUCCAAAUAAGUUCCUGAGUGCAGUGGUCCAGUCUCCCUAGGAUCGAAUAUGAACACUCAAAUAGCCAUCUCCUGGUGUGGAUGUGAUUGAGAAGGGAUGCCUGUCGUACAAUCAAAUUUAAAAGAUGAAUAAAGGAAUGUCGGUAAUAUUUCCUGUGAAGCUUGUGACAUACCAUUCAAAAGGUGUGACAUCUGGAUACUUGAUGAAUAGGUACAUUCCACUUUUACACUUGAAUCCUGGUGGCUUUUUCACAUGUAUUGAGAGGACGUUGCCUGGAUAUAUGGCUGCCUGCGUAGCACAUUGGAAAACAAGAGGAAAAUAUCCUUGAUUUGACUCAGAGAUAUUCUUCCACUGCUCUUUAAAUAUUGAUAAGAGUAGUCUUACCUUAAUGAUGGCCACACAAUAGCUUUUCUCAUGAAGUUUUCUGAUUAAUCCCUCACAGGCAUAAAAAAGGACAGGAAUUGUGAGAUACAUCCAUGUCUGUGAAAUAAGGAGUCAUUGUCAAGACAAUAAUAUCUGUGUGUUGUACAUGUUUUGAGAUCACCAUUUCCUGAAGAGAAAGCAUAACAUACUGUCUUCUUGUACCACUUCUUGGUGAGAAAAAUGAAAUAGGAAUGAACUACUAGGAGAUCAUAUACCAGUGCCAGGAGGUGGUGGGCGUGCCAAAAUGCAUUAAAGCCAGCUAAGUGGUGGAGGGGUGAUGGCAACUUCACAACACUUCUUCUGAAGGAAUGCGUUGCUAGAGUGAAAGAAAAUGUCAUAAUCAAAAUCAUGAGGGUGCCAGUGACUCCAGGAGCACUGGCUAGUAGAGAUGGAUAUGUGGGCUGCUUGUAGUUGAAGUUUAGCCCCAGUGUAGUCAUGAACUUAGAUUUUGGACAUGUUAUUAUUCUUGGGAAAUCACAUGUUACAUGAGCAAGAGUAUGCACUACUGUCCCAAUAGCUAUUGCCGAUGCAAUGAUCUGUAUUUUAAUUUAUGGUAAGUCAAGAAUAUGGUCUAUUAUGAAAGAGUUCAGUUUCUCGUGUGGCAGAAAUCCUAUAAUUACCUUGUGGAAGUUGAUGUUGUCAUCAAAUGGGAAUAUUGAAUUAAGAGCAGUUAAUCUAAGUCUUGUAAGCAUAUUUCUGCGAACAGUGAUGAGAAUCAGAGCCAUGUUCAACUUCAGGGUUUCAGCUGCAGCCUUGGCUAUGCAUACACCAUAGCCCAUUACUUGAAAAGCUGACCUCCUUCUGUACUGUUCAAAUUUCCACGCAUCUAGAGCUUUAUUCAGCAUCAUCCAUAGUGAAAGAACCCAUUUUCUCUUCCAAUUUUCAUGAAUAAAAUCUGCAGUCUUUCUGACAGGUCUGUUGGUCCGGUGUCUAUACAGCCUUGUUGUCAUUGAUUUUCCAAGCCCAUGUGACCUUCUGAGUGUUCUCUCAGAUCCUUGUGAGUUAACCAGGCCUCGAACCAAAGUCUCAAGUUGUGCAAUCUGAAGUAGAAGAUUAUAAGUGGUGUUUCUCUGCUUUCCAAUGUUAUCCUUUUCUGAUACUUAAAUGUGAACUGGAAGGACAUCAUAUUACCUCGAUGUAACCAAGAUUAUCGGGGUCAAGCUCCUUCAUGACAAGAGCUGCAUAGGAAAUUCAUAGUCUAUAUGUCCAAAAGAGAAUUAGUCAUGAUGGAUAUCUAUUCUUAAGAAAUAACAAAGAAAAGCAACAUGCAGGCAGGGUAAAGCAAGAGUAGCUUGCCUAUACAAGGUCCAAAGUUCUCCUUCUGAAGCCUGCCAUUCGUUGCAGAUUUGUCAAACUGCUUCUCAAAUGGUGUUCCAUCCUCCUUCCCCUGCCAAACUCUUAUCAAGGAAGCGAAGCCCUUUAUGAGGGCUGGAAACAAUCCCACUCAUCUUACUAUGAGGAUGCUUCUCCAUGUCACACUGCAAAGCAAGCCCUGCACCUUGACCAUGAUAUUUGGUGUCUGGAACAAUGGGUUGCCCUUGAAACUCAGUUGAUGAUUCAGCCUUUGGUUGUGCAACAUUGGUACCGGCUAUAUGCAGCUGUCUGGGAGCUGAUUUGUCUAGUUUGCCAUGAACAAGGCAGUCUCCAGCUCGUGCAUUGAAGUAUCAAUCUCUGAAAUAUCCACAAUAUGAUGUGGUGAUCCCAUUCCAUGGGUAAAGGUUGCCUGAAUCAAUGUUUUCUUUUGCCUCUCUAUUGGAAAGAUGCAGCAUGGGCAUGUGUGAAGAAUAGAUAGAGAGAAGUGUGGGUGUGUAGAAAUUAUAGCUGACAAAAGAGGAAGGCUUGCCCCAUAUGAAGUGGAGAAAUAUUUCAAGUACCUUAAUGGCCUUCCUUUUUCCUUGUGUUUUUCUGAUGAGGACACCAAGUGGAGAAUACCCAACCAUAAUUCCUCUGUUUAUGAUGUGAUGGUGGAUUCAUUCGAAUGAGGCUAUGCUGGGUUUGGAACUUAAUAUCUCUAGGCUAGUAUCCAUAUUGUAAAUUGUGUUGUUGAGGUUUUGCUGUCCAAUACAAUUGGGUUCUUUUGGGUUUUCAUGAGAGAGGACAAGUGGUUUCUGUGCCAUCAAGGUGAUUUGGACUAAACAGUGCAUGGCUGCAUCUCUCUGCCUUUCUCUGUGGUUGUCCAAACAAAGCGACAACUGUUUUUGCCACUUAUUGUCUCAUAAUAUCUUAUGAAGAUUGGCUUUUGUGCUUUUCUGAUGCAUGUGGCUCUACCACACAUGAAUGAACGAAGUUGGAUGCGGCUGUGCUUCUUCCAAAGUGGAGUGCAAUCCUCGAAGUGAACUGGUCAGUCAAGUUACAUAUUCUGAAAUAUGAUUUUUAUUGAGAAAUUCCUUCAAGCCAUCAUUAGAUUUUGUUGGUUCUUGUGUAGAUAUCUUGUUUAUUUAUCUUUUUGUAUGGUUUUGCGCUUGCAUUUGCUGGAAUCCAGAGGUUACAUGGCAUCUUCUUGCAUGGUCAUGGUUUAAAAUUUCAUGACCAAUCAUGAUGACCAUAUCAAUGAUGCAGCAAUCAUCAUAUAAAUAAUGUGAUGGUAAUAAUGAGUAUUAUUGUCUUUUUGAGUUCCUGCACUGUUUAUUAAAAUAAAUUGAUAUUUUUUGACACAUUAUCUGAAUUGAAAAUUAGCAUUUUAUUUCAAUUAAUAGACAACGAUUGAUGUCGGUUGAUUGCA